UAAAGCAAAGGGUCUCGUCAGUUUCGUCACACCCUGCAACUUUAAGUGUAAUUAUCUAGUUUUUGAGUAUCAGAAGUAAACAAAAAUAUCCUAAAAGUGUAGCUACUAGGUAAUACUGUUAAACAUGAGAUUUCACUGGUGAAAAAUCGCUCAUGUCAUUCAAAAACUAACAUUUGAAAAUUGCUCCUAGUCUACGGUUUUUGCUGAAGAAUUUUUUCCUCAGUUUGCUCUUUAAAAGCCCAGGUGGUGGAUUUCAAUCAAUUGAAAGUCAUUGAAGUUGACCAAAGUUGACAGAGGCAUUCAAGGGGUUUCGACUAUCCAGUAAGACAUAAGUGCGUAGUAAUCAGAGAUUAGUUUUGUAAAUAACAAAUGUCAAUUACGAAUUAAUUAGGUAAUCAAUGGUAAUUAGCAAUAGUAGUCAAUGAUAGUCUGAAAUAAUCAUUGGUAAUAAUCAGAAGAGUUUGAUCACCAAAAAUUAAUGGUAUAAUCAGAAUCAGAGGUAAUCAGAAAAGCAAUCAAAAGUAAUUUUUUUCAAAGGUGCGUAGUAAUCAUUGCUGUUGGAAACCCCUUGGAGACAUUGCAACGAAAACAUCAAAAGCACAAAGUGCAUUGCGUUGACAGAUAAUUUUAUUUGCUAAGGUGCAUUGUUAGUGGCUUUUAAAAUCGGUGACUCAUCGCCGUCCAAUUCUUAUAGCAAGGAAAAUAAGAAGCGCGAUGGGUACAUUAUCGGAUUUUGGACAAGUUGCCCUGAAGUGGGAUCCGAAAAAUUUGGAGAUCCGAACAAUGUCGGUGGAAAAAACAUUAGAACCUUUGGUGCUGCAGGUAACAACCUUGGUCAACACAAAGGGACCAAGCAAAAAGAAAAAAGGUAAAUCUAAGCGAGCAAGUGCUUUGGUAGCAGCAGUUGAAAAAGCUACCGAUAUAUUUAUUGAACGAGGCGAACAGAUCGCCUAUGAAAAUCCAGAUAUUACCCAGGAAAUGCUCUCCGCUGUAGAUGAAGUUCGCAAAACGGGUUCAUCAAUGAGUAUUGCUGCUCGAGAGUUUUCCGAAGACCCUUGUAGUUCUUUGAAACGUGGGAAUAUGGUACGUGCAGCAAGAAACUUGCUUUCGGCGGUUACUCGAUUAUUAAUUUUGGCCGACAUGGUUGAUGUGCAUUUGCUAUUAAAAUCAUUGCAUGUUGUCGAAGAUGAUUUAGAUAAGCUACGUAACGCAUCUUCGCAGGAUGAACUCAUGAACAACAUGCGUCAAUUUGGAAGAAAUGCGAAUGAGCUUAUUAAGCAGGCUGCCAAACGACAACAAGAGCUGAAGGAUCCUCAGCUGCGCGAUGAUCUUGCCGCCGCCAGGGCUGUAUUGAAGAAACACUCUACAAUGUUGUUGACAGCUUCUAAAGUCUAUGUGCGCCAUCCUGAAUUGGAUCUCGCCAAGGUUAAUCGAGAUCAUAUCUUAAAGCAAGUUUGUGAAGCUGUUAACACGAUUAGUGACGUGGCGCAGGGUAAGGCAACGUCCCCACAGGAUAUUUAUGUCGGUGCGGGUGAGUUGGCUGCUGCACUCGAUGAUUUUGAUGAAGGUAUCAUAAUGGAUCCGUUGGCUUAUAAUGAGGUCCGUUCUAGACCGUCACUUGAAGAACGCUUGGAAAGUAUCAUUAGUGCCGCAGCAUUAAUGGCAGACGCUGAUUGUACUAGGGACGAACGGCGGGAACGUAUUGUAGCCGAAUGCAAUGCUGUGCGACAAGCACUACAAGAUUUGCUUUCGGAGUACAUGUCCAAUAUGGGAACUAAGGAGCGAACUCCAGAGCUAGAACGAGCCAUUGGUCAGAUGUAUCGCAAGACAAAAGAUCUUCGUCGACAGCUACGGAAAGCUGUUGUUGAUCACGUUUCUGAUUCAUUUCUCGAGACAAAUAUGCCGUUGCUAGAUUUAAUUGAUGCAGCACGUUCUGGUAAUGAAAAAAAGGUUCGCGAGCGGGCGGAGACAUUUACAAAACACGCCGAAAAGUUAGUGGAGGUGGCAAAUUUAGUUUGUAGUAUGUCCAACAACGAGGAUGGCGUCAAGAUGGUUCGAUAUGCUGCAGCUCAGAUCGAAACCCUCUGGCCACAGGUAAUCAACGCAGCUUUAAUAUUAUGCGCAAGACCAAAUUCUAAGGUUGCCCAGGAAAACAUGGAAGCUUAUAGACAGGCGUGGGAAAAUCAGGUGCGUAUUUUGACCGAAGCAGUCGAUGACAUUACCACCAUCGAUGAUUUCCUGGCCGUAUCGGAAAAUCACAUUCUCGAGGAUGUGAAUAAAUGCGUACUCGCGCUGCAGGAAGGUGAUGCGUUGGAUCUGCGAAACACAGCCGGUGCCAUUCAAGGACGAUCGGCUCGUGUUUGCAACGUUGUCGAAGCAGAAAUGGAUAAUUAUGAGCCGUGCAUUUACACCAAGCGUGUAUUAGAAGCGGUUAAGGUGCUACGCGAUCAGGUAAUGUCCAAAUUCGCACAACGUGUUGAUGUAGCGGUCGAUGCAUUGUCUUCAAACUCGGCCAAAGAUGUUGAUGAGAAUGAUUUCAUCGAUGCCAGCCGGCUGGUAUACGAUGGCGUUCGUGAAAUACGUCGUGCUGUUCUGAUGAAUAGGGACGAAGAAGACCUUGAUCCGGAGGAUAUUGAAGACGAGCAGUACACAUUGGAGACAAGAAGCAAAUCAAGCGCACAUACUGGUGAUCAAACUAUUGAUGAAUAUCCGGAUAUCAGUGGAAUAACUACCGCCAGAGAGGCUAUGCGCAAAAUGAAUGAGGAGGACAAACAGAAGAUCAUGCAACAAGUUGAGUUGUUCCGAAGAGAAAAGCUCACGUUCGACUCCGAGGUGGCCAAAUGGGAUGACACUGGUAAUGACAUAAUUUACUUGGCCAAGCACAUGUGUAUGAUUAUGAUGGAGAUGACUGAUUUUACGCGUGGUCGUGGUCCUCUUAAGACAACUAUGGAUGUGAUCAACGCAGCCAAAAAAAUCUCUGAAGCUGGCACCAAACUAGACAAGCUAACUCGUGAAAUUGCCGAUCAGUGUCCGGAGAGCUCCACCAAAAAGGAUCUUCUGGCUUACUUGCAGCGUAUUGCUCUUUACUGUCAUCAGAUACAAAUCACAUCGAAGGUGAAAGCUGACGUGCAAAAUAUCAGUGGCGAACUGAUCGUAUCAGGGGUAAUUUUGGACAGUGCAACCUCACUCAUUCAGGCCGCCAAGAAUCUGAUGAAUGCAGUUGUCUACACGGUUAAAUAUUCUUACGUGGCUUCUACCAAAUAUACACGCCAGGGAACGGUUUCGUCACCGAUUGUGGUUUGGAAAAUGAAGGCUCCGGAGAAGAAACCUUUGGUGCGUCCGGAAAAGCCGGAAGAAGUUCGCGCCAAGGUUCGAAGAGCUUCUCAGAAGAAGGCUCAAAAUCCCGUACAUGCACUAUCCGAGUUUCAAAGUCCGACAGAUGCAGUCUAGAAGAAGCGCAGCAUCAAUGAUUACAUUAAAUAUUAAGCAUCCCAUAUGAAGUGUAACUCUUUCCUCUCCAUUAGUAAUGGGCAAAGUAAUAAUAACAAGAUAUGAGAGGAAUUAUUCCAAGUAAAUUAUAUUCAUGUUUUUUUUAUUUUUUUAUAUAUGCAUGAUUUUAAAGACAUUGAACUUAGGAAGCAAGAAAAUGACACACAGCGAAAUUGGAUACUUUUAGUAUUUGAAAACCCCAUUUUAAGCUAAACUUUGUUCGCGUUGUGAAUACAUACAUAUGCAGGAAUAAUUUAUUACUAUUAUGGCAUUUUAUAAACAUAAAACAUUAUAUUGAUCAGUAUUCUAACGAAUAUAAGCGUGGCAUAUUUGCCAUAGAUAAAAUAAGGAGCAUAUCUCCUGAAUAUAAUACAUUUUAAUGUUGAAUGUUUAUCGAAUUUAACUUCCAUCAUACUGGAUCACAAUGAAAUAUGUAAAUCGCAAUGAAAAAUGCAUCAACACUGAAAGCUCAAAAACAAAUUCAACCAAGCUGCUUUACGUCGGAUAAAAAUUUCUAUUAAGAAAACGACACAAUUGUAAUUGUGUUAAUUUUAACUAUGAAAUUUAUGCACACAAAGAGCGUAUUAAAUAGUAAACCUA